AUGAAAUUUCUCGCUAUUUUUCUGGUUAUUCUCUCCGUUUUCAACAUGAUGAUGGUGGAAGCCGACGAGAGCACCCAGAAACCACUGAACAGAAGACGUCAUCCAGAUUUCCGUGCUGAUGAAGGGGCGUGGCCGCGAAAUGAUGGGAUUAUUAUUAUUGGAUCCCCAUCAAAAACGAUGAAAGACGCCAAGGUUGAGCGUAAGCCGCUUUAUAUACCUAGAGGAGGACGUAAUGUUGAUAGAAUGUUAAUGGGAAAGAGCCCAGCAACUUUUAAAAAAGAGCAAGAGGAAUAUUUGAGACAACAGCAACAGAAUGUAAUAAUUACAAUUGGAGGAAAGCAGCAACCUACUGCUAACGUGAAAUUAGCUGGAUAUUGA